UUUACUUUAACUUUAUUUUCCUAUAACACCGGUAUACGGAUAAUUAUAUCAUACAAUAAAAAACAUAUCCUUUUUAACAACCUAAAAGGAGCCGGAAACAAAAACUCCAUUACGAAAACCACUAUGACGGAGCCUCUCCCCAGAGGUUUCUAUAUCCUUAAUAUCAUCCGCUGCUGCAGCGUGAUCUCCUUGUUGUUAGCUAUCAUUGCUGCAAGCAUUAGCUUGGUGAAGAGCUUUGUUGUAACAAAGGUAUAUAUAUAUAUAUAUAUAUAUAUAUACUCCACAUCCUUAUAUUUGUCGAUUCAUAUAACUAAUCCCGACAGUUUUACUUCUUUGAUGCGAUAAAUAACGUAUUCUUAUCGAUCUUCUGUGGUAACGCUCUAUAAAUCUGCCGGCAUUAUCAUACAGUCACUAAAAAAAAAGAGUAUGUAUAGGACUUCUAGUGAUGUCGGAAAUUUCAGUCUUUCAAUCCUACUUCGACAAGCGCUGGCCCUUACUUGGGUCCAAAUCCUCUCUCAUAACCAUCGGAAUCGCUCAAGUGGUUGUCGGAUUCUUCCUCCUGGGCAAUCUGAACGAGACGGCGGCUUCGAAGCAGAAUCUUGGAUACUCCUUCAAUACACUCCUUACCUCCGCUGGGGUUAUCGUCAGCUUUAUUGGGGUAGUUAACUUCAUUGCCGUAAGUUGCUUCUUUUCUGCUCCUGAUUUAUGAAGAGUGCGGAACUGAUCCUGUUUAUAUGAUGUGGAAUACAGUCAUACGUUUAUAGCAACUCCCUGACCCAUACCACUGCGCGCAUGGUACGGUCCCGUUCCCACAUGAAGGCUCGGGAGCUGGAUUGUCAGCACAAGCCGUACCAGUCAAGCUUUACCCCCACCAACAACAGCAAUGGUUCUGCCCCGAUCGCUGCACCUGCAAGAUCCUAUUCAGCCAGAAGUCACGCAUCCAACCGGAGUCAGGAAACUACUAUUACCAGGUCCGCUUCAGCUGGAAGUACCCAUCAUGAUCGCUCCAGACAGCCCAGCUACUCAAUUUCUAGCUGGUAUUCUAGGCCUUUGGGGAGAGAUGAGGUGGCAACUCGGAGGGAGUUUGUUUAAAGACUUUCAUAUAAGCAGGGAUAAAAGGUUGAGAUUCAUGUUCCUCUAAGGGCAUUGUCUUGUUGAAUAUGUAAGUAAGUAGCUAAUUUAACGAGAUAUCAAGUGGAGUGAGAUUCAAAUAACAAGAUAAUAGUACGGGAAUAGUAAUGAAAUGGGAGUGAUCGAUAAACGCAUCACGAAUACUACUAUUCGCUUGAGCGUGAUAUUGUCAAGUAAGAGGUGAAACUCAGUUAACAAAAAUCAUCCGAAGCCCCACGGCUAGGAAUCAAUGUGGUGCAUUGUGUCCAAAGUAUGCACCUAGCGCGAUGCAAUACAUAAGGCACAACCCUCGGAAGCGCUUGAUUUUCCCGAGCAUACUUCUCCCGUUUUUUGUGCAUAACUUAGUACUUGUGAUAUCUUGGCAGUAAGGGAAUAUAAAUAAAUGGUUGUCCACUUGGGAAGAAUAUUUCCCUCUUCCCUCCGGAGGACUCACUUGAUUGGUGACUAUUGUGCAACCACGGCGAAGGGUUGUCUUGCUUAUCGUUCGGGGCACUGGCCUUACAAUUAAUUCGCUGGGAUUGUAUAGUGGGAUAAAAGUGUAGUAUCAUAAUAAUAUGAUAUUGAAUUUUCCUGCGACGCCCUGGGCAGUGCUAAGGGAAAAGGAGCGCUCCUAGAAGCAACGAAAUGGAGGUUUCGAGUUUGGGGUCAAGAGAUAAUUCGGAUUGAAGGCCUGGCACACAUGCACCUCGCCAUCCCGAAUCGCGCUGAACCGGAUACCGGUACCCCGCUGAACCGUGCAGAACCCCUGGCUCCUCCGAAUCCCCAUGGAAUUUUACCCGCUGAACCGGAUGCGGUGGUUGCUGCCAGAAAAGCUGUACCAAAGGGGGGAAAGAAGAGAAAUGGAGAAGAGUAUCGUGGGCUCAGAGUUGAACUGGGAGGUGGAGGCAAAGUAUACCGCAGUGACACGGAGGAGAAGGACAAAAAACAUGCUGUAGGAUCACACAUGUGUGGUUCUCCCUCUGUUGUUCCAUGCUCCGGGUGUCCCGUCGUUCUGGAUGAAAUCGGUGGGGUUUGGCCACCCGAGACGGCGGGGUGAGGGUGUAAAUAAUGCAGAAGUUACCGAGGGCAGAGCGCGGGAGAUAUGAGUGAUUUCAUAUCCCACACCGUGAUAUGUGUCUUUCACGUCGAGGCGACGACCCAUGCGGCAAGCCGCCGAUCAUCGUCACCAGAUACUGGAGAGGCCUCCCUUCCACCCUAUAUAUAUAGGAGAAAGGUAAGACGUUUAGUCUAGGCUUCAACAAAACUUUUUGACUUCCACGACCAUGGUGAAAAGGCUCGUCAAAGCUUCGAAAGUGCCAAUUGGGUGGAAUAGAACAAGGGAAUGGUUUGGGUGGUGGAGAUAGCGAUGAAAGAACAGACUUAAAAUUUGAGCGAUGUACAUGAUGGUUGGCGCGGGUUGAUGCUUUCCUCUUUGCUGGAGAUGUUGGUGUUGGGAGUUCGAAGGGUGGUUCGAGGAAAAAUGCGCGGUCUACGGAAGUCUGUCACGUGAGCUUGGCAACCAGGGAUAUAUUUGGCCGCUCCUUGGCAACACUGAGGCUCUUUAAGUUUACCGUAGAGGGUCCGCCAUCCGGCCACUUAAGCUGCCGGUAGCUAGAUGAGUGCAGCCCAGCUCUCUAACCAACCACCAAUAUCUCAGGAAAUCUCCUUCAGUAGCUACACGAUAGGAUAUCUCCAACAUGGCGUCCUCUAGCGAGCAGCUUACCCACGAAGAGAUAUGGGAUGACUCUAUUCUUGUCAAUACAUGGGAUGAAGCACUCCAAGAAUACAAGGUGAGUUUCAGCGUUCCUUGGCUCCCAAGCAAAAACCCUAGCGAGGCAAUUUUUUCCAAACAAAAUCCUUGUGCAUCAGAAACAAGAAGAAAAAGAAAGAGCAUCCAGGCUGAUCAAUGUUUGAGUACGUUAGAAAUACCACAGCAUAGAAGCCACUGGUGGCGACGUGAACAAGCUCCUUCAGGAAGCUCGGGGAGAGACGAGAAUGCUGGAUGCCACGCCUUCUGAUCAGUGAGUCCAUACAUACUUUUCCUCGCCCUUCUUCCCCCGUGCCUGAAAGACCCGUUACCAAUGUUGACAGGGGGACAGGCGGCGGUGGUGGUGAAGAGGAUACCGGGGUCGCAAGUCCAUCACACCGAGAGGAUGGCGGAGUGGGUCAGGGUGCUGUGCUACAACACGAGGAUGCCCCGGGUGUCAAAAAUGUUGAUACCUUGAUGGAAGAUCAAAGGGCGGGAGAAGGGGAAGAGGCAUCAACGGUAUGCAAGCGCCAGAAAGUCUUGAUCGUUGGAACCCGGAAGCUGACGAAAGCAGGGUGUUCAGGGCCCAGCCACUGGAAAUCAUGAGCAAGCCCCCGUCCACGGAGAAGAGCACGGUAUUAGCGACCUACCAAGUCAAACGGUGCCCCCACCCGGACUACCGCCAAUCCCGCAGAACAUUGUCGGAGGAGCGGGUGAGCAACCAACCUACCUCCCUAUUUGGCGCCAUGUAGAGCUUGGCACCUAUAGAUUCCCCUAUCUUUUCCCCCCAUGAAUCCGAUGCUAAUAUCUUGGUCCGUUAGAGAACGAAGUUCUACGUAAUCUCAUGAUGUCUUGGUAUUAUGCUGGCUAUUAUACUGGGUUGUAUGAAGGGCAGCAGCAGCAGCAGCGGCAGGGCAAGAACUGAAGAAAUUGGGGAGUGGAUCGUGCGAAACACCCGGUAGCAUACCGGUAUUACAGAUACCUUAUCUCACAACGUCGGGCCAAGGUUCUUUAAUUAGACAUAGGGGAAGGGGUUCACGUAGAAAACACUCGGAUACCUGCCUAUGCAGACUUGACGGGCUUAGAAGUUUUCGUGCUAAAGUUAUUUGUGCAAUAAUGUUUCUCUCUUUCACACACACACACACACACACUCUCUCUCUCUCUACCUUGACAAUAAUGGCUAAGAGAUAGAAGCGAAUAUAGGGUGGGAGCGGGAUGGAGGAGAUGUACUCGUAUCCGGCAUGAAGUAUCUGAAAAUGAGACGCCGUUUUUCCCCCACCAGUAUGUAUAACACAGGCCGUACUCCCAGAUACUGUACGAGUACUCGAGUACUUAUUGCCGGAUACAAGUAUUCGUACAAAGGGGUGUCGAGACUUUAGUCGAUGGCCGGCCAUCACAGGAGAGCAGGGUGGGAGAUUCCACCGAUCCAACUUCUCCAUCCAUCCUUCGACAAAAUUUAGGUUUAGGGUGCAGGAGGGAGAGAGAGAGCUCUAGCAGAAGUAACAGGGUGAUGAGACGAGGUAUGUAGGAAGGAGUUUCCUACCAGUACGGUAUGAUACUGAAUCCAUCCGCAUAGUCAGCAGUGUGCAAGCGCAGCACCGUACGGUAGUCCAGUCUACCGGCAGCU